AUUUACGAGAUAUUUUAUCUUCCGUCGAACGCUUCGUUUACUUUACACGGCCUUUAGGGUUUUAAGCUAACGUAAAUAAACCUCGUCAUAUAUAUUGAACUUUCCCUUUAUUAUUUUCUCACUGUUUCUCAGUCUUUUGUGAAGAAGCUGCCCAUUUCUUUACAGCAAGCAAUAUGCCUUCCGUAUCAGCGCCUACAGAAGUGGAGGAGGAAAUCCUCGCUGCCCAGUUGAAAGAACAGAAGAUUCAGUCUGAUGAGCCCAUCAUAGAAGAUGAUAAAGAUGAUGACGAGGAUGAAGAUGAUGAUGAUGAGGAGGAUGACAAUGAUGAGGAAGAUGCUCAAGGGGAGCAAGGUGCUGAUGGAAAGUCGAAGCAAAGUAGGAGUGAGAAAAAGAGUCGUAAAGCUAUGCUAAAGCUGGGGAUGAAACCUGUUCCUGGUGUCACAAGGGUUACCAUAAAGAAAAGCAAAAAUAUUUUAUUUGUUAUUUCAAAGCCUGAUGUUUUCAAAAGUCCAGCUUCAGAUACAUACAUAGUCUUUGGUGAGGCUAAGAUUGAGGAUUUAAGUUCUCAGUUGCAGACACAAGCUGCAGAGCAAUUCAAAGCUCCUGAUAUGAGUCAUUUAACCAUGAAGCCAGAAUCAUCUAGUGCCGCUCAAGAGGAAGAUGAAGAAGUUGAUGACAGUGGAGUUGAGCCAAAGGAUAUUGAGUUAGUCAUGACACAGGCUGGAGUGUCAAAAGCCAAGGCUGUCAAAGCUCUCAAAGCUGCUGAUGGAGAUAUUGUUAGUGCCAUCAUGGAACUGACAAACUAGUAGGAGAUUUGUCAGAGUACUUUUUUUUUUGUAUUCAAAUGUUAGUGCCAUCAUGGAACUGACAAACUAGUAGGAGAUUUGUCAGAGUACUUUUUUUUUUGUAUUCAAAUGUUCUGAAAACAAGUAGGUACUUUCCACAGGCAGCUGAGUUGUGAUUAGCAGAGUUAUCUUUGAAAGUAAUGAUUGUCAUAGAGAGAUUGGUCUCUGUUGUUUGUUGCUUAGUCACUCUAUGUGAUGGUUUAUAAUAUCCAGGAGGAGAAUUGCCUCCUUGAGGAUGAAUGAACUGAUUAAUAUGAAUUAGAACCGAUCCCAUGAAUAGAAUCGAGGUUUAAAAUUUAUUUUUA